CCACUCAAACCAUUAACUUUUUGUCAAUCGGCGCCGACUGCGCAAACGUUUUGCCUCUGCAGCCGCAUUACCUUGCAGAGAUUUUUGCUUUCUUUCCUUACACGUAUAUACCCUGACAGACAUCGCAUUCGGGCAUUUCGCCCUCGGGCGCUUCAUUUUCCCUUUCGCAUAUUCCACAUCACAGCGCGACCUGGUCAAUCGAGCGCAGGCGGUCAAAAUGCCAGCAAGAAAACCCAUCACCCUCCGUUCGGGGCUUGACCGAGACGUCUACCAGAUCCUUAAGAAACUCGAAGACGCCAACGACGGGAAGCCCUUCAAGACCAUUACGGCGAUAUACGAUGCGAUCAAGCGCUCCAACUCGAGCCUGAGCCGGCAAAAGAAGCGGCCCCUCGAAGACUCCAUCGACCGCGUCCUCCAGUUCCGUAAGCAGGAAUUGGACGAAUCCGACUCAGAGGCCGAGCUCGAUCAAGCCGCGCCCGUGAACCCCGAAGACGACAGAUUUCUGCUCAACAGACAAAUGACGAAGCUAUGGCAUGAUGAUUCCGCGCCGCUGACGUCUAACCCAGGCGAGGGCCGCGCAGCCAAGAAGCGUCGCCUCCACGCAGAAGGCGAAGAGAGCGCGGGUGGGAAGGAGUUCUCUACUUCCGCAGCUGUAUUAACACCAGCGGAUUCCAAUAGCGAGGUUGUGACGCAGACACCCUCCACUUCAAAGCCAGGAUCAAUACAUCGCAAGGAGCCUAAAAAGCGGAUUCAGCACAAGGUCGAACGCCCAUCCAACAUACCAAAACUAGGAGGCGUGGACGAAAUUUACAAUGACCUGCUGGGCCGUGUCCGUACCAUCUUGAAACGUCCAAAGCUGUUCGAGUGGCAGAACUUUCGACGAGUCCCCGGCAUGCUCAUAUCUGGGCCUAGCGGUGUUGGAAAGAAUACAUUGAUCCGUCAACUGGUGUCUGAUCUCGAAGUUCCCAUUAUCUCUCUCAUGGGAUGCCUUGAACUUGAUGAUCCUCAGCAUAUGGAGAAAAGCCUUAACGAUGCAAUCGAUGAAGCCAUGCAGGUAGCCCCUUGUGUCAUCUUCAUCCAAGACCUAGACAAGUACAUGCCGAGUCCAGGAGUCAGUCAUAACACUGAACGUUCUCGUCGCACUUUGUGGAGGUUCCGGCAACAGAUGAAGAAGAUUCAAGAAGAUCAGCCCAACGACAAGUCCAUCCUAGCCAUUGCUACAACAUCGAAGACCGAGGAUGUUGACCCUCAUGCGCUGAAGCUGGGCUUAUUUGAGCAAACAAUCGAGAUGAAAUUGCCAGGUAUCGAGGCUAGGCGGGACAUCUUCAAGGUUGUUUUGGAGGGUGUGCAUCUCGCCGAAGACGUGGACUUUGACGAGCUGGCCAGGAUCUCGCAUGGGUUCGUGGGUACCGAUAUCGUCGAUGUCACGACGCGAGCCCAGGAAAUCAAUUUGGCGCGGAUGGCCCAGGAUGACGAUUGGAGUCAGAUUCUAGACGGAGGACACCAAAUAUUUGCCCCCGAAACCACGGAGAUCACUUCUGAAAUCAUACCCUUGCCUUUUCUUCAGCCCCCUCCCCAUCCACUCAAUCUCGCCGAUUUCAAGACCGCCUUCAAGAACUUCACUCCAUCUCUGCGCAAGGAAGGUUUCACCCCAAUUCCCAACAUCACCUGGAACCAAGUGGGCGCCCUCCACGACGUCCGGGAACAACUCCGCAUGUCCAUUAUCAAACCCAUCAAGCAACCAAGACUCUACGAAAGUGCUGGUGUGAAUCGCCCUGCAGGCUGCCUUCUCUGGGGUCCUCCAGGCUGCGGUAAAACUCUGGUGGCCCAAGCUGUGGCGAACGAGGCUCAGGCCAGCUUCAUUCUCAUCAACGGACCAGAACUGCUCAACAAAUAUGUCGGUGAAUCGGAGCGUGCGGUGCGAGAGCUUUUUAAUCGAGCCCGUGCAUCUUCACCUUGUAUCCUGUUUUUCGACGAGAUGGACGCGAUCGUCCCUAAGCGCGAUAACACAUCCACCGAGGCCGGGACUCGAGUUGUCAAUGCUCUCCUCACCGAACUGGACGGUGCCCGAGGUCGUGCGGGUGUCUAUGUCAUUGGCACUACGAACCGACCGGAUAUGAUUGACCAGGCCAUUCUUCGUCCAGGACGUCUUGAUGUCAAACUGUUCCUUGACUUGCCAACGCCUAAUGAACGAGCCGAAAUCCUCAACGCCGUUUAUCGCAGCAACCGUCGAGGCGCAGGACCGGAGGAGCUCUCAUUACUAGAAGGUGUAGCACUUGAUUCACGCUGCGACGGUUUCAGUGGCGCUGAUCUCAACGGGCUGCGCAUAAAGGCAGCGCAAGGAGCCCUGGCGCGUUACUUCAAGACCGAAGGGGACGGGGAACGACAUUUCGAGAUCGUCAAGGCGGAUUGGGAAUUUGCUCUGGCCAACACUCAUCGUAGUGUAUCGAACCCGGAGACAUAUCGCAAACUGGCUCAGAAGCUGCGCUAAUAGGUUUGGGAGGAGCAAAACGAGGGAACCGAAGAGGGGGGGUCGAAGACUGGGGUGUUCACAAAAGGCAGCAUAUCUUAGGGUAGACAAGCAUCAGGCCUAAUAAACCAAGUACCUUUAA